AUGUUUACUCUUAGGCUUGUAGGAGGGUUUGUCAUCGUUCUUCUUCUAAAGAAACUCUUCGAGAAAAGAACUGAUGCUUCUGCAAAGGGUAAGAACGACGCAGCAACUUCAUCUGCCACACAAGAGUGCGUUUCGGAUUCCUCUUCACCGCUUCCCGCUUCUGGAAAGAACGAGGCAGCAGCAUCAAGUGCCACACAGGAGAGUGAUUCCUCUUCUUCUUCUUCACCGCUUCCCUCUUCUGGAAAGAACGACGCAGCAGAAUCAUCAUCUGCCACACAAGAGUGCGGUUCCUCUUCUUCUUCUUCAUCGCUUCCCACUUCUGGGUGGGAUUACGAGGUGUUCUUGAGCUUUAGAGGUGAGACCCGCACCAACUUCACCGACCACCUUUACAACGCUCUUCUCGAUAUUGGAAUCCGCACGUUCAGGGACAACGAAGAACUCCGAAUCGGAGAAAAGAUCGAUGGGGCGCUUCGCUCUGCGAUCCACCAAUCCAAAAUCGCCAUUGUCAUCUUCUCAAAAGACUAUGCUUCCAGCAAAUGGUGCCUCGGUGAAGUUGCAGAGAUUGCGGAGUGCAUGAAAUUAGAGAGAGGCCAAAGAAAAAUGAGAGUGAUGCCCGUUUUCUACCAUGUAGAUCCAUCUGUCGUCCGAAACCAGACUCCUGGUAGCUCCUAUGGGAAUGCUUUUCUGGAGCACAAGAAGAAUUUCGACGAGGAUACCGUAGAGGUGUGGAAGAAGGCUCUGAAAGAGGUUGGUAGAUUGAAAGGAUGGGAUCUGAAGAAUACUGCUGAUGGGUAA